UGGGUCUGCUACGGCAGAUGUUCGUAGUGAAGUCACGGUAUGGCACGGCUUGAAUACUUUCUCAAAUAGCAAACCAUCAAGUGCCAGUUUUGAGGCGUUAUAAUCUCAACGAGACGAAAGUAAUACUGUACCUCAGCAACCUGCUAAUUCUUCAAAAUCGAGAAGGCCGCAUUGUGCAUAGUAGACCUUUCUAUACAAUGCAAUGAACACCUCCAUCGCUUCACAAUGAGCAACGGGCUAUAUGAAAUAGUCCCUCCACUACGAUGAAUGAUAGAUUACCUGGCAUCGUCUGUAAGUGAAGCAGACUAUUUGCUAAUCGGCGGAACAACAAACAACAGAAGUCCUUUACCGUCGACCCAACAACAAAACACAUCCAAACCUUCACUUCGUUUUCGUUUCACCUCUUCAAUCAAAAGACUUGCGGCUCCUCAGUAUCCCUUUAUGCUUAAAUCGCACGGAUACGAUGUCUACUCAUUUCAACGACGAUGACCAUCUCCAUGCAUGGUCGUCAGACGGCAGCUCAAUACUGCAAGGGCAACUCACACCAAUCAUCCUCUAUCACCCGGCUAAUGGCAGUAGCAGCAACACGACGCCGGAACACCCAGCGAGCACGACCCCGACCGAACAUGGCAGUGCGCAAGGCUUCACUGUGGGACCGACGGGACGUACAGCGAAAGCUCCCGCGAAGCAGAAGCGCGCAAUGAAGCCGCGAUACUACAGCCACGCACUGUCUACCCAAGACAAGGAAGACCUAGCCAAGGGCAAGAGGAACCACAACCACCCCUCGUGGACCCCAGAGGAUCUGCUCAGGCUCCAGGAAUCCCGCAAGGGCCUCGUGCCUCGCUUUCACGAAGACUGCAAGCGGCUGCUGGAGGAGCGCGAGCGAGAUAUCCAGGCGGCAAAGCGAUAUGUCCAUGAGAUGAACAGGAGCAAGGUUCGUUGGUUCAGUGGCUUGCGCAAGGCGUUGCUGGGGAGGUCUGCCAGUCUGUACAUUGCUAACCUGAAUCAGGACUUGAAGUCUUUGGAGAGUCGACGAAGCGCGAGCGCAACGACGGUGCAGACUGUGUCGACGCCUAUGACUCCUUCCGUGGAGACGCCCAGGGAGGGGAAUACUGCGAGGGACGGUCACUAUCGUGCGGCUGGUUCGGUUGACUACUUUUCGCUGCCGAUAGGGAAUGCCUAUACCUGUGACCAUGCAGAGUUCGGAGGACGACUGCAAUCGUCCUGCCCGGUGACUCCAAUUAGUACUUCAUUUCGAGCUCGUCCUAAUAUCACAUUCGACUCCUUCCUAGCUCCCCACGCCUCGGGCAAGGGAGAGGCAUUCCGAGGAGCAGAUAAUGCACAGCCCUCCGAUCUUGCGAAGGGUAGGGAGUCUGAUGGUCUGAGGGAGACGGGAGCUUCGUCCCCGAUAAAAAUGCUCCGUCGCGUCAGCAGAGUGGUGAGCAUGCCCAUGUUGAAGACCAGGAAGUCUCCAGGUGGUCAACGCGAGUCUCUACCGCGUGCUCCGUCGGCGGAGUGAGUGUUGUGCACGAAUUCACUUGAGUUCGUAGAGCACAUGCUGAACGAGUAGUGGUUGGCAGCAAGGAUGCCUUGAGCUCGUCCGUCUGGGAGAAUGUCUUGAGCUCGCCUGUCUGGGAGAAUAUCCCGAGGUUCUCGUCUGUCUGAUGGACUAACAGUCACAAUUGCAUAUUGUCCUCUUCCCCCAGACUCACGGAAGAGAGACGAGAUGGGUGAUUGAAUACCUGGAUUUGGGGUUGAACGGUACCA